CGUCUUUCUCCUUAGACAGAUGCAUUCGAUACCUUCUGCAGCAUGUAGUUCAACGAGAGAGAAGAUUUUUGAAUACCGUUAGGGCGUCGAGUGCACCCGAAGCCGCAGUUAAAGAUGACUACAAAGAUAGCACGACUUGGAAGCCAGCUUCGCCUGGCACGAUUGGGGCGGUUAACAGUAUACCACGGUAUGCGGUUCAGGAAGAGACAAAGGAAGCAGGGGAUACUUGCCCUUUAAAAGCAAAACGACAACCAGGUGGAUAUGAUCAACGGCGUCUUGCCCGUGCUUUGCUGCUAGGCGACGCGAGGGAAUGUUUGCGUUUAGUAGACAUGAACGAUGGGAUGACACUUGCGUCGUCAGAUUGUGUCCGCGUCUUAGAGCUGUGCAUGCGCAAAAAGCUAUGGGAUGACGCUACGCGGCUUUUCUUUCGCAUUCAAUCGGUCAAUAGAGAAGGACGAGAACAGCAGUUUUCCACUAGUGCUUUUGGCCUGUUACAACUACAUCAACAGCGUUCCGUAUCAAAAUCGCUCAUCCAUCACCAUGCAAGAACCGGUUUGAAUCCAAGUUUAGCUGAGAAAAUUUGGCGAGUUUCAGCUGCUGGAGCAAGUCCUGACAAGAGCAUUGAGAUAACGGUGGAUCUUGUCCGUGGCUAUGGUAUGCUAGGGGACUGGCAGAACGCGGAAAGAUUGUACUGGGAUUACGUUCAUCCGGAGCGACCAGAAGCGCCAGAAAGUGAUGCUAAAGUAGGGGAAGCAGGGGAAGGUGCUGGAGGUCGUACUCGUAGCAUUACAGGUGGUGUUGACAAAAAUGUAUUGCACUUGACUUCAGCCCUGCUUUCAGCAAUGGCUCGCGGUGGGGCACCGCGUGCACGUGCUGAUGCUAUAUUUCAACGAGUUUUAUUAGGAGCUUCGACAGACAUAGUGGCCUACUCCGCUAUGUUAUCCGUUUGUGAGAAAGAAGCCGAUGUUGAUGCACUUCUGGAGAUAUGGGAUCGCGUUCCGGUUGCCAAGGAUGCCAUUGCGUUCAACACUGCUUUGGCGUGUGUCUGUCGUGCUGCUGCCGCUGCAGAGGGCACAAAUUUCAGGACAAAAAAGAGUCGGCUCUUGUCGGUGCUAGAAAAGCUGUUAGAGGAGAUGCACGAAACUGGUGUGACUAAAACUUCUGUGACGUUGAACACAGUGGUGCGAGCCUGUGAAAUUUUGAAGGAGCCGGAGAAAGGGCUAGGGUUUAUAUCGAAAUACUUUCUAUUGAUGUUGUCUGAGAGAGACUCUACAAGAAUGACUAUGACAACUCUCCGACAUACGACUUCGCCAUUCGUGUCAGCGCGUCCGACGGAAAUAACACGUGAGCUCCUGGCACAAGUCACUGAGCGGCUAGAGAGCUGCUGCGGAGGUGGAAUGAUUGACUACAAGGACCAAGAUUCUAAGCCUCCAGAUCACGGUGUACAACCUGGAAUAUCGACGACGACGUCAACAUCGACUCCAACAACCCAGUCCUCUCGUUCUACGUUGCCAAGUUUAGAUUACUUUCUAAACGGUCUGGUCUUCUCAUCAUCUUCGUCAGUGAUAUCGAACUCGAAUUCGUCAGCUGAUGCUUGUUCUCUCCUUGCCUCAGAGAGAGACUACGCCAAGGCCCAAUUGGUCCUGAAGACUUUGCAAACCGCGUUAGCAGAUAUUCUGAAAAAUGGUUGGGUUCUGGUGCCGUAUGGAUCCCUAGUAUGCGGUACAGGAGGCCCAGGCGCAGAUCUUGACGUUACUCUCAUGCACGCUGGUGAUUUGAUGUCUUCUACCUCUGCUCCUGGUACUGAUCAUGAAAAGAAUAUCGUCCGUAGUGGACACGGGAAGGAAUCAGAACAAAUGAAAAAUGAUAGGCAGCAUAUUCAUCGAAGCCGUGAUUUGCAACAGAGAGUGUUGCUGCAAUGCGUGGCAUGUUUACAAGAGCAAUCACAGGCGGGAGAAGCAUUUUCAGCUGGUCAUCGAAUGGCGCUACCGCUGCAAACGAAAACUGUCGUUCCACCGCCAAUCUUUCAAAAAGAGCAAGAAUCUUCUGAGGUAUCAGGCGGAACAGGAGUUGGCCCAGCAACCUUACAAAGUAGAGAGGAAGAACACCAAACUAAGAAGAUACCCGGAUCAGCUCUCGGCAUCGUGGAAGCCCGACUCGGUGGUCGUGUGCCUGUGGUUGCUUUGGAAGUGAACGGAACGCCCAUCGACUUGACAGUAGACAAUUGGCACGCUCUAGCAAAGACUUCUUUCGUGCGUGAGGAAGCAAGACGUUUUCUAGGGGCAAAUCGACUAUGCGCGUAUGUUAAGCAGUGGGCCAAGAGAGAGAAGGUUUUUGGGCAACCGAUGGGUUAUUUGGGUGGAUACGCGUGGACAUUGAUGGUGUUGCAUUUCUUGCGCACGACUACAAAAGGCAUAAAGAAGAAGGACUUUCAUCUUUCUCCUCCCGCUUUCGCAGAUGAAGAUGAAGCUUUCCUAGAGGCUCCAGCAGGCGGCUUUUUCCAGUACUUUGCGACGGAUUAUCAAUGGGAUCGGGGUGAAGUCAUCGACGUCGAGAACUUGCCUACAAGAUCUUCAAGUUCUUCAUUUUCUUCUACCAAUCAAUCUGAUGAAUCUUUGGCAACAUCUAGAACUAGAUUCCUUGAGAGACCAGCUCUGGUUCUCAUGGACCCGGUGGAAACUACUUGGAAUCUAGGGAACAUCUUGAACAGCGACCGCUUAGCCUUGACACGAAGCGCGAUACUGAAGCGAGCUAGAUUUUUGACGAUGCCACAACAUCAUGAAGAAGCGAAAUAUUGAGGGCACGUCG